CCCGGCGCGGCGAGGAGCCGCGGGCGGCGGCGGGAGGGCGGUCUGCGGGGCGGGCGGUGCGCGGCGGCCGGCAGCGCUGCGCCCCGAUAGGCGGCGGCGGGCCAUGUUGGUGCUGCCGCCGCCGCCGCUGCCGCUGCUGCUGCUGGCGCGGAGCCGCUGAAGCCCGGCGGAGGGGCUCGCCGGCUCUCGCACGCAGCGGCGGAGCGCGUCGCGUCGAGCGGAGCGAGCAGGGAGGAGGAGGAGGAGGAGGAGGAGGAGGAAGGGGAGGGGGGAUCUUCUCGGCGAGGAUGCCCGGAGCGGCUGCAGGGACGGCGGCGACAGGAGCAGGCUCGUCAGGAGCGGCAGCAGCGGGGAUGCUCCCGGCUCAGGAGGCGGCCAAGAUCUACCACACCAACUACGUGCGGAACUCGCGGGCCAUCGGCGUGCUCUGGGCCAUCUUCACCAUCUGCUUUGCCAUCGUCAACGUGGUGUGCUUCAUCCAGCCCUACUGGAUCGGGGACGGCGUGGACACCCCGCAGGCGGGCUACUUCGGGCUCUUCCACUACUGCAUCGGCAACGGCUUCAGCCGGGAACUCACCUGCCGGGGCAGCUUCACGGACUUCUCCAGCCUGCCCUCGGGAGCCUUCAAAGCUGCUUCCUUCUUCAUCGGGCUCUCGAUGAUGCUCAUCAUCGCCUGCAUCGUCUGCUUCAUCCUCUUCUUCUUCUGCAACACAGCCACCGUGUACAAGAUCUGUGCCUGGAUGCAGCUGACCUCGGCUGCCUGUCUCGUCCUGGGUUGUAUGAUUUUUCCUGAUGGCUGGGAUUCAGAUGAGGUAAAACGGAUGUGUGGUGAAAAGACAGACAAGUACACGCUGGGGGCUUGUUCAGUCCGCUGGGCAUAUAUCCUGGCGAUUAUUGGAAUCUUGGAUGCCCUGAUCCUCUCAUUUCUGGCAUUUGUGCUUGGCAACAGACAAGACAGCUUGCUAGCAGAGGAGCUCAAGUUGGAAAACAAAGAUGAUGGAAAUGCUUAAAACAAGUUAAGGUAGUGUGACACAGACCAAUUCCUACUAAGCCAAUCCUCACUAGAAUGAGCACAAAACAAAACGAAUAACAGCUUUUGUACAUCAACAUUAAAAUGGGAAGAAGCUUGGGAAAGGGCCUACGACAGAGAAGAACGCUGAUGAGUGCAAAAAUGCCUGAUGGGUAAGCGCUACCUUCUAAACAUAGAUCAGCCAGACGUGGAAGUGAUUUUUCAGAAGAGAAAUGCAAUCAUGGAUUACACACCAGCUCAUUAGAAACUGUUGCUGAAUACAGCAUCCAGAAGACAUGCAUGAAAAGUCAUAUUUGGGGAAUAAAUUAAAAGGGGUGUAGUUGUUGCUAGAUAAACAUAUGUAAUAUAUAUGCAUUGAAGAGGUUUGUAAAUGUCAUUUUUUUUAUUCGGAUGGAAAGCAAAAAGCUUUAAAACCUUUCACAGUAGAGAGGCAGUUAAGUCCAGACUAUUCCUAUCCCAGUAGCCAAGAAGCUGAUAGGACAUCCCUCUUAAAUUAGCAUUUAUAAAUAGACUCUCUGAAUGUUUCCAUCACCUAGUGGAAAAAGCAUAACUUUUACUGCUACAUUUCUGCACUUCAUUUACUUCACUGUAUAAUAAGUUGACUAAAACUGUAAAGCUUCUCAAUUUUUACUGCAUAUGUGUUCCAAUUAAUCUAUGUCUGUAACAAACUUAAGACUGAAAAAUUAUUUCUGACCUAUAUUCUAGUUCUAUGAAGCAUAUAUACUAUAAGGUACAUCUGACUGAAUAUCAUAAUACUAUAAUUUCCCAAGACACAUAGAAUUGUUUGUAUUCGAAGCGACAAAAUAAAAACACAUUCUUUUUUAAUAGGAGAAUGUAAUUUACCCCUUAAAUGUAACAUACAGCUGCUCACUGCAAGGGCAUUUCUAUUCUUUUCCUUGUCCUGCCACAUAACCACUGAGUGAUACUCUCUGGCCCAUGCUAAUGCCAAUCAGGCGAGGUGAUCUAACGAUCCCUUCUGGCCUUAAACUCAAUACAUAAGAGACUACUAAGCAAAUACACAUUGCAAAUAGCUAUGUGAGGGCUGGGUGCGCGGAGCCCCGGGGCACUGAUGGGGCUGGUGCUUCCCUCCGCAGGGGCUCGGCAGGUCACUCCCCAAAGGGCACCCUCAUUUCCAGAAGCCACUGAGCAGUAAAACAGGGGCGGGCACAGGGUAUCAAGAAAGACCUCAUAGCAAAAGGCCUGGAUGCCAAGCGCCAGGCACAGAGCAAUGGAGGGAAGCAGGGACCCCAUCUCCUCUGCUCCUCUCCGGUACCUCCCAGCGUGGCACGUGUCUCCUCCCCCUCAGGACCGAGCAGGAGCACACUGCUCCCAACAUUUCUUCCACCCUCUCCUGCGUGUCGCAGCUGAAUCCAGCCUGGAAUCAACACUGCAACGCUAAUUUCUUCAGAUUUUUUUAAGCCUGUUGCGUCAUUCUUUGGCUUUCAGGGGAAGUGGCUAAAAUAAUAAUUCAUUGCUAAUGCCGAUCCCAAAUAAUACGAUACACUGAAGACAUGAGUAAAACAUGAGUUAAAACUGGUUUUUAACUACUGGCUGCACAACACAAGUUAUUCCAGAAUUUAGUGCAUAAAUCUCAGAAAAUUUAUUUUACUUUUGAACAAAAAAUUAUAUUUAAGCAAACUGUCAAUAAAUAAAUACAGGGAAUUGGGUAACACUUCUAUCUAACUACCAAGGUACCAGUGUGGUGCUGGUUGUCUUAGAGACUGAACGCAGACGUGGAUGUCUGCCAAGUAAAUUUAUAUGUGAAUCUGGGCAGCAUUUUUUUAAAAAACAUGUUGUUUUAAUCCAAAUCUGCUCUUGUAACUGUGUGUAGGACACUCUCUGAUUUCUACAGGACCAGCGUUAGAGCUGGUCAAAAACCCCAUCCAAAUCAAUCAACCACCAUAAACGUAUUCCCAGUACCUGCUACUGACCUGAAGGGGAUGGAAGGUAAAAAUCAAGUAGUUUACACAUGAUGCUACAUAAACUCAUUAAGGUCCCACUUCAGACAGGUUUUUAAAUCUGUGAUUAGUCCAACCAGUGUCAGCUGGAAAAUGCGCAUCCUUAAGGGCUGGAUGCAUUCAGGAGUCCCUGUUAAAUGGUGUCUCGGUGAAGCCCGUCCUCAUUCAUUGCUGUUAUUGACUCACAGCCACAUUCUCACCUCAAAAGCCAUGAAGGGGUUUGCUAUUUGGAUGUGCUAUCGUAUCACCAUCUUCACUUGCUCCUUAGGUUUACCUCUAUCCCACAUUACUGCAGUUAUGGCACUUUGGCUGCGACAGAAAUCACCAAAACAGGGUUUCUCUGUAUUACAUUAUUUUGUUAUGGACUACUAAGUUUUGCAUCAUGGUGACUGUGUAAUGUAAAAGCCCUUUCUAAAUAUACACAAACGUUGCAAAAGAAGUAUCAUCACAAGACCUUGCAACCCUGCCAGGGCAGCUCAGUGAAUAUGUACCAUUUGUACAUAGUCAGAAGGAGAGACAUACCAGGAUGUACAUCACUGAAUGUUGACUCAGUAUGAAUAGUAUGUUUUAUCUUUUUAAAUGUUACCACUUUCCCAUCCCACUCCACUGUAACUUGUCAACUGUAAUUUUUUUUUAAGUCAACAAACUGUAAAGAAAACUGUUGAAAUACCUGAUUUUCUGUAAAAAGUAAUAACAACAAUAAUUUUUGUUACUUUAAAGUAUGCUUGGUAUUAAAGUACCUAAUAAAGUUCAACAAUGAAUUUUGUAGCAUACUAAAAUAAAGUGUGAUAGUGCUUUUCUCCA